AUGAAGCAGAAACUACUCCAGAUACGAGAGGCACAGAAAGCCGUCAUUACUGCCCAGCUGAAAAAGAUUGAAGAUGUAAAAAGUAGCGAUGUCGACAUGGUGGAAUUCGACACGAUUCUUGAGGCAGUAGAGGCCAAGUUCAAGUCACUUGAAGGUACUAAUGAAAAGAUACUAGCGCAAACUGAUGGCGAAGAUUUACUAACUGAGAUGACGGAGACCGAUGAUUACAUGCUGAGCGUAAAAAUUCAGAUCAGAAGUCUUCAAGCUUUUAAGAGCAACCGCAAAUCUUCCACACCAUCUAUCCAAGCCGCAACUACCGCCAGUAGUGAUGUUCAGCCUACCAGGUCCAGUAUCCAACCUACAGGGUCCAGUUUCCAUCCUUCAGAGUUCCGUGUCCAGUCUGCGGAGGGUAUCCGGUCUACAGAGUUGUAUCCCACUGACGUCUGCCCUGGAGAACCAUUCAGCAACGCAAGCGCCCAGUCACAGAGUAUAGCCACAGACAGAGUACAAUAUACAUGCCAACCUGUAAGUAAUGCUUCUAUUAAUUCUACAAACUCGUCCAUUUUCCAUAGACUGCCGAAACUUACGCUCCCUACUUUCGACGGGGAUAUUUUACGUUGGCAAACGUUCUGGGACUCAUUCGAAUCCACCAUACAUCUAAAUUAUAAUCUAACUGAUGUGCAAAAGUUCAGCUACUUGCAAUCUCAGCUUGAAUCUGAAGCAGCCAAUACUAUUGAAGGUUUUACGCAGACCAAUGCCAAUUAUGCUCGAGCGAUAGAUUUACUGAAAGAAAGGUAUGGUCGCCGACAAAAAAUGACCCACGCCACUAUGCAAGCCCUUCUUCAGCUUCCAGCCUCGACAAAUAGUAUCCAUAGCUUGCGCAGUUUCUACGAUAAGAUGGAAUCGUAUAUCCGUAGUCUAGAGUCCAAUGGUCAGUAUCAGGACACGUACGGCAACUUACUAGUUCCCAUAAUAUUAGAUAAGUUACCAGGAGAAGUACGACGUAACCUAGCCCGAGAGCACGGCGACGGUGACUGA